UGCCAUAAAAAUUAAAGUUGAUAGAUAAUAGAAAAUAUAUUUCGAGUCGGAAUUACAUUUUCGUGCCAAACCUGAACAGUUCAUCUUUUUUGUUUUGAAAUGAUUGUUACCAAAAUUUCAUUGGCGCUUUGCACAGUUUUCGUUCGAAGAUUGUUAGCUUACUACAGCGGUCGAUUGCCAGUAGUAGUCGCGAAAACUAUAUGCCCGUCGGCGGUACCUGUAGCUAUGUUAUCGGGGGCAUUGAUUGGAAUAUGUCUCCACAUUCGUAGGAGCAGGCCACGAAUUCCGAGCGAUUCGAAAACUUUUGUUCGACAACCUGUUGAAGCUGUAUUUCGUCAACAGGCUAGUGAAUGUCCCGAACUGAGGAACAUAUAUAAGAGCCACUCAUUUAAUUUAAGGAAAACUAGAAGCGACAAUUGCACGCAGAAAGCGCUAUCUAGAAAUUCGGAAAGAAGGAGAUUCAAAGAGAAAAUGUGGCUAUCGCGAGCUAUGGACAAGUUAAAAAAACUCCGAAAGGUGAAGUUUGAAAUUCCGUCCACGCAAGAGGUGGUGCGAAAAACCAGGAGCGGAAAAAUAUACUCGUGCCGAUGAGUUUUGUUUAAAUAAAAACCUAC